AUGACCUUAUUAAUUAAGAAAUACCAAAAGCGCUGCAGAAUUUUGACAAAGAAAUUAAAUAAAAUAAAAGAAAAUCAGGCAUAUACUGUUUGGGAAGAAAACAUUGCAUUACCUACUCAAGUUCCUAUUCAUACACCUAGUAGCCCUGAUGCUGCCAAAGAAGCGACAACCGAACAAGGUAUUUUAAAGUCUUCUGGCAAUUUGAAACGUAGACCUAGUUUAGAGUUUCGUAAAAAGUGUUUUAAAGACAGAUUUCAGCAGAAGAUUAAGCAAGGCAAUGAUAGCAUCCAAGAAUUAAUCAAAAGUUUUUAUGAAGAUGACAUUAACAGCCGCAUUGGUGCAGGAAAGAAACAAUAUGUAAAAAAAUUUGGAAUAAUAAAACAAAAACGGUAUCUGCUGGAUUCUGUUAAAAAUUUGCAUAAAAAAUUUCUUGAAGAGAAUCCUAACAUACUGAUUAGUUAUGUAACAUUUACAAGACUACGUCCAUUUUGGGUCUAUUUGCCACGAGAUGACAGGGAAACAUGUGCAUGUAUGGCACAUACAAAUAUAGAUCUAAUGAUUUUAGCUUUAAAGAAAAAUAAAAUAGUUGACAUAAGGAAUUACCGGGAUAUGCUGCACGUUCUUUGUUGCGACAAAUACAAUAAAAAGUGCGUUGGCAGAGAUUGUAAAACUUGUAAAAACAGAGUUAUAUCGUACAAUGAAUUUAAUAAUACGGACGAAAUCGAGUACCAUGAAUGGUGCAGAGAUAAAAAGAAAUUAAGCUCCAAAGAAAUAAAUAUAGUGAAAAAAUUUACAAGGAAAAUAAUGCCUAAAGACCUGAUACUUAAACUUGAGCAUUCCCUUCCGAAAUUCUUUAUUCAUACUGUGAACAUCCUCAAUCAACAUCAAGCUGUUACUCUAUUGAAAGAAUCCCUUAAUCAUGACGAAACAUUACUCCACAUGGACUUUUCUGAAAAUUAUAGUUACAAAUUUGCUGAAGAGGUGCAAAGUCUACACUUUGGGGGUAGCCGGGGACAAGUAUCUCUUCAUACCGUUGUAGCUUAUCUCAAAGAAGGAAGAGAGACUGUUAACCACUGUCUGUGCACGGUCAGCGAAUGUACACGGCAUGAUUCCCCUGCAGUCUGGGCACACUUACAGAAGGCGUUACAAUUUGUGUUCGAAAAAUGUCCUUAUAUUACUACCGCCCACAUUUUAACAGAUAGUCCAACAAGCCAAUACCGAAAUAAACAAAUAUUUUACAUAUUGACUCAGCUCCGCGAUACCUUCCCAUCGUUAAAGCUAGUUACUUGGAAUUACCAAGAAAGUGGUCAUGGCAAAGGCGCUCCUGACGGCAUUGGCGCUGUGGUUAAGCGGACAGCUGAUCAUCAAGUUAAAUGUGGGCGUGACGUCGGGGAUUUUUCAACAUUCCUUGCAGUUGUUCGCGAAAAUAUUAAAAAUGUUGAGAUAAAAGUAGUAGAGGAGCAUGAAAUUAUAGAAAAAGAACUUCUUCUUCCUAAGGAUAUUUCACCAUUCAAGGGUACUAUGUUAGUUCACCAAGUGAUCUGGAAUUCUGGAUCAGAAUUUCUUGAGUUCCGAAAACUAAGCUGUUUUUUGUGUUUGGAUAAAAUCUGCGAACAUGAGGAUAAACAUAUGCAAUUACAUAAAAUUUAUAAGAGUGUCGUCGAAUCGGCUGUCCAAAAUAUAAAAGUUAUUCCACCAAGCAAACGAAUUACGGUAUUGAGCGAUGUAUCCAUCCAGUAUUAUAAUCGGAACAAUAAUCCGUCUACUUCCGGAACACGCAAAAUUAUAAAAUCUGUUAAAAGACUUGCAGAUGUAAAAUUUGAUUGGACAAAUCAAACGUUCAUAAACACACAACAGAAGGUGUCUAAUGGGCAUGAAGAGGCUUUCCUCCGCUUUAUUAAUGAACGGUCUUUUGAGAAUACGGAAUAA